UUCUAUAUUCAAUGUAUGUUGAUGCAAAAGAUUGCGUCAAAACGAAUUUUACGUGUGGUAGUGAUGAAUAUAAAGUAAAGUUAAAAUCAGGAUCGGAAAUGCCUUGUGGCAACGGAACAGUUUGUAAUAAAGAUUAUGAAUCGCCAUGUAUGCCAUGUGUACCAUGCAAGAAAUCAAUAAAGUAUGAAUGCGUACCUGAUGAUAAAAAUAAGAUAAAACUUGUUGAUUUAGGUUUCAAAGUUGAUUGUAGUGAUGGGAAAAUUUGUAAUGCUGACAUUGAUUAUUGUAGACCUUGUAUCGAUGAUUCUACUACAACGGAAUUUUGGACUACUACCCAAGCUUCGACGAUUAAGGAAUGUGAUAAAAAUGUAUUUCAAUGUUUUGAUGACGAUCCAAGAAAAGUUAAGAUUAAUGGUUUUGAUGUAAAAUGCGAUGAUCAAAUGCAAUGUAACAAGGAAUACUUAGAGCCAUGCAAACCUUGUAUCUCCAUGGAGACGACAACUGAAUUAUCUACUACUGAGCUUACAACAACAAUAUUGACAACUGAAUUAUCAACUACAGAAGUGACAAGUGAAGCAUCAACUACUUCAUUAUCAAAAGAGACAACAAUUCAAUUGUCCACAACAGAAGUCAUAGUACCCUCAACUACAGAAGUUACAAGUGAAGUAUCGACUGCUUCAGUAACUACUGAUUCAUCAACAUCAGAAACAACAAUUCAACUGUCAACCACAGAAGUCACAGUACCGUCAACUUCAGAAACUACAAGUGACAUAUCAACAACUGUUUCCUCAACUACAGAAAUUACAACAAAAAUUACAGUACCAUCUACUACAUUAUUAACAACUGACUUAUCAACCACAGAAACAUCAACAGAAGCUACAGUACCGUCGACAGUAGUUACAACAGACUCAUCGACUACAGAAAAUAUGAUAUCAUCUACUACAAAAGAUUUAGUAUCGUCACCUACAGAAGUUACAUCUGUCUCAUCAACUACAGAAGUUACAACUGACUCAUCAACUACAGAAGAUAUAGUAUCAUCUACUACAAAAGAUACAUCUGACUCAUCAACAACAGAAGUUACAACUGACUCAUUAACUACAGUAGUUAUAACAGACUCAUCAACUACAGAACAUAUAAUAUCAUCUACUACAGAAGGUGUUGUAAUGUCAAGUAUAGUAGCUUCAACAGACUCAUCAACUACAGAAGUUAUAUCUGACACAUCAACUACAGAAGAUGUAGUAAAGUCGACUACGGAAGAUGUUGUAUCUUCCACUACAGCAGUUACAACAGACUCAUCUACUGCAGAAGAUGUGGAAUCCUCGACUACAGAAGUUACAUCUGACACAUCAACUACAGAAAAUAUAAUAUCAUCUACUACAGAAGUUACAUCUGAGUUAUCAACAACAGAAGUUACAACUGACACUACAACUACAGAAGAUGUUAUAUCGUCGACUACAGCAGUUACAACAGACUCAUCAACUACAGAAGAUAUAAUAUCAUCUACUACAGAAGUUACAAGUGACUUAUCAACAACAGAUGUUACAACUGACUCAGCAAUAACAGAAGAUAUGGUAUCAUCUUCUACAGAAGAUUUUAUAUCGUCGACUACAGUAAUUACAACAGACUCAUCAACUACAGAAAAUAUAAUAUCAUCCACUACAGAAGACGUUGCAUCGUCAACUAUAGUAGUUACAACAGACGCAUCAACUACAGAAUAUAUAAUAUCAUCUACUACAGAAGAUGUAUUAUCGUCGUCUACAAAAGUUACAUCAGACAUAUCAACUACAGAAGAUUUAGUAUCGUCGACUACAGUAGUUACAACAUACUCAUCAACUACAGAAGAUGUUCCACCUUCGACUACAGCAGUUACAACAGACUCAUCUACACCAGAAGAUGUGGUAUCGUCGACUACAGAAGUUACAUCUGAUACAUCAACUACAGAAAAUAUAAUAUCAUCUACUACAGAAGUUACAAUAGACUCUUCAACUACAGAAGAUAUAAUAUCAUCUACUACAGAAGACUUAUCAACAACAGAAGUUACAACUGACUCAUCAACCACAGAAGAUAUAGUAUCAUCUACUACAGAUGAUAUAGACUCGUCAACUACAGAAGUUACAACUGAUUUAUCAACCAUAGAAUUAUCAACUGAACAAUCAAGUACACAAUUUAUCACUAAUAUAUCUACUGAAUUUACAACUGAAAUGUUAAUAACUUCAACAGUAAAAUCUUGUGACGAAAAUGUAUUUAUAUGCUUUGAUGAUGAUUUAAAAAAAGUAGGUAUUUUAGGUUUUGAUAUGUACUGUUCAGAUAACGAAAUAUGUAACAAAAAUUAUCAAGAUCCAUGUAAACCUUGCAUUUCUUCAGUCGACUUCUCAACAACCGAAUUAUUUACAUCAACUACCAUGGAAACGACAACUAUGAUCAACCAAUGCAAGAAGAUUUUUACCUGUCCAGAUGAUCCGGUAAAAGUCAAAAUUGGUCAGUUUGAGUUUAGCUGUAAACCCAAUGAAAUAUGUAAUAAGAAUUACGUGGAACCUUGCGAUCCAUGCAUUUUAAACAAUGAUUCUACAUCUACUGAACUUUCCACUACUACAGAUGUGUCAACAACAGAAAAACAAUGCAACAAAGAGAAAUAUACCUGCGUUUUAAAUGAUCCUACGACAGUGAAAGUUGGAGAAUUCGAGUUCUCGUGCUCGAGUAGUAAAAUUUGCAAUUAUAACUACGAGGAGCCUUGCGAUGCUUGUAUCGAUUACGUGAGCACAACAACUGAAACUGUUACUACUAGUUGUCCUAAGAAUUAUGAGUGCGUUGUUGGAGAACCACGAAAGAUUAAGGUGGGAAGCUUCGAACUGUCUUGCGAAGCUGGUAAAAUAUGUAAUUCCGAUUACCAGGAGCCGUGCCAACCUUGUAUUAUUUCCAAUGAGAUAACGACAAUUAGUACUCCAGAUGUAUGCACUUUGGAAUUCGAAUGCUUUCCCGAUGACCCAACAAAGAUUAAAGUUGGCGAAUUCGAAUUUUCCUGUCUUGAUGAGAAAAUCUGUAAUAAUGAUACUACCGUAAUUUGCGAAAGUUGCAUUUUGUCUACUACUACAAUUACCACAGUUACUACUCCCAUGGGUUGCAUUAAGCAAUUUGAAUGUGUUUCUGGAGAUCCAACAAAGAUUAAAAUUGGUGAAUUUGAGCUUUCAUGUUUUGAAGGAAAAAUAUGUAAUGAUGGUAUAAGUGAAUCAUGUGAACCUUGUAUUAUUUCAACAACUACCUCCAUUCCGUCAUCCACUACAACACCAAGUAGUUGCAUAAAGAAAUUUGAGUGUGUACCAGGAGACCCAACAAAGAUUAAAAUUGGUGAUGCUGAGCUGUCUUGUUCUGAAGGAGAAAUAUGUAACGAUGGUAUAAGUGAAUCUUGUGAACCCUGUAUUAUUUCAAAUGGGACAACUACCUUCAUUCCGUCAUCUACUACAACACCGAGUGGUUGCAUAAAGAAAUUUGAGUGUGUACCAGGAGACCCAACAAAAAUUAUAAUUGGCGACGCUGAGCUGUCUUGUUCUGAAGGAGAAAUAUGUAACAAUGGUAUAAGUGAAUCUUGCGAACCAUGUAUUAUUUCAAAUGAGACAACUACCUUAAAACCGACAUUUACUACUCCAAGUGGUUGCAUGAAGAAAUUUGAAUGUGUACCAGAAGACCCAACAAAGGUUAUAAUCGGUGAUGUUGAGCUGUCCUGUUCUGAUGGAGAAAUAUGUAACAUGGAUACAAGCAAAAUAUGUGAAACUUGCAUUAAAGAUGAUAGUACUUCUAUUCUUACUACACCGAUGACAACUGAAAUCAUGACCACUGCUGAUGUCUGCCGUGAACAGUUUAAAUGUUUAUCCAAUGAUCUGAGUACAGUUCUAAUUGGGAACGAUUUGGUUGAAUGUGAAAUUGGCCAAGUUUGUAAUAUCAAUUACGAAUUUCCGUGCGAACCAUGUAUAGAAUCUGAUGAUAAUAUUCCAUCGAGUUGCAGUAAGGACAAAUUUCAAUGUAUAGAUAAUGAACCUGGUCAAGUCAUAGUUAAUGGUGGAUUAAUUGAAUGUGGUGCAAAUACUAUAUGUAAUAAAAAUUACGUAGAUCCAUGCAGUCCAUGUAUAAAAUCUGAUGAAAAUCUGAUGAAUCUGAGUUGUAGUGUAGACAAGUUUGAAUGUGUAGACAAUGAUCCUGGCAAAGUCAUAGUUAAUGGUGGAAUAAUUGAAUGUGGUACAAAUACUAUAUGUAAUAAAAAUUACGUAGAUCCAUGCAGUCCAUGUAUUGAGUCAGAUGAAAAUAUUCCAUCGAGUUGUAGUAAAGACAAGUUUGAAUGUGUGGACAAUGAUCCUGGUAAAGUCAUAGUUAAUGGUGGAAUAAUUGAAUGUGGUACAAAUACCAUAUGUAAUAAACAUUACGUAGAUCCUUGCAGUCCGUGUGUUACAAAUUAUGAGAUGUCUCUUGAUGUACCUAAUAACAGUAUUAUCAACUGUAAUGAUGGUAAUUCUGAGCAGUGUAGGAAGAACUUGAAGGACCCGGACUAUUACUAUGUAUGCGUACGGUAUUUACUCUUCUACAAAACAGAUAUUCGACGAUGUUCUGACAUACUUGAAGACCCAAUUUGCAAAACGACUGACGUUUGCAGAAAAUAAUUCCAAGAGUGAAUUUGUAAUUUCUUAUUUUCCUCCAUUUGGAUACAUUUAGUCUUUAAAAUUUAAG